AAAAUUUCUAAUUGUUUUAUUAGCAUACUCAAAUGCAAGUCUCAAUUCAUGGUAAGUAUUAAAAAUUCCAGUGAAAUAUGACGCAACACUACUUGUUUCCUUCAAGCGAUUGCGAGUCCGCCAACUCCCGGACAACCUCGAAUCUGCCACCAACCUGCUCCCAGGCGUCAAGCCGCCAUUCGGGCGUCCAAAGAAUUCACCCGCAGUCCGGCUUCAGCGAUCCUUUCGAAGUGUUUUGCGACCAAGACUACGAAGGUGGAGGUUGGAUCGUGAUCCAGAAUCGCUACCAAGGGUCGGUUCACUUUAACCGCGGAUGGCGUGAUUACGAGCGCGGAUUUGGCAACAUAGCUGGUGAAUUUUGGCUUGGUUUGCGCAAAAUUCACGAGCUGACGUAUUCCAAUCGAUACGAACUACGCGUACUGCUGGAGGACUGGGAUGGAACUCGAGCGGUGGCACGGUACAGUGACUUUUUGGUGGCUGGUCCGGAGGACAAGUACCAGCUGAGGAGCUUGGGCAGCUUCAGUGGUGAUGCGGGAGAUUCGAUGAGUUACAACCUCAACAUGAGCUUCAGUACAUUUGACGAGGACAACGACGCGGUUCCGAGCAAUUGUGCCGUGAGUUUGAAAGGAGCUUGGUGGUACAGGGAUUGUUCGUUGAGGUAACCGUUUUUUAUCACCUGUAUGGAAGAAAAUAAAUUAUA